CUUUUACUUCCUGCUGUGUUCACAGAGGGGAUUCAACAUCUGCUGAAGCCACCAAGGCACUGGAUCCAGCCACUUCUCCGCAGGUCCAGACAACAUGACGCCUGCGCUUUUCUUCCUUUACGUCUUGGGGACUGCAGCUGCGAUUCCGACGAAUGCAAGGUUUCUCUCUGGUCAUGUCAACCCAACGACCGCAGCAUUGGUGACACCCGACGAUGCGGCAGCCCCCAGUGCCGGGGUUGAAGCUGCAGCAGACAUAGGACGCCACGCCAACGAUAAGGCUGAACAGCCUUCAGCACUGAAGUCAGAAGAGGAGAACCAUGAACAGUCAACAGAACAGGACAAAGCCUACAGCCUCGAGGAGGAUCUCAAGGAUGAGGAGGACGCGGAGGGCGAUUUAAGCGUUAAUUUGGACUAUUCACCGACAGAAGGAGCGAUCGAUGCACAAGACGGUACAAGUGAGCCUCCUCAACAGGAGAAGCUCCCAGAGAGCACCGAUUUCCCUGAGGUUGCGUCUACUUCCUCUGUGGAUUCCAACCGACAGGCAAAUGUCACAAAGGGGGAGGGAAGCCAAGAGCAAUCUGAAGGGGACGCGAACCAGCAACUGAACAAGAACAACCAGCAUAACCAAGACUUAAUGGACGAAGAAAGUCCAGAACAAGAUCCAGGUGCUCCCGAUGAAGAAGAGGAAGAAGAGGAGGAGGAGCCAGGAGACGUUGGUGCUCCCGGUGAUAACCAGGAAAGGGAAAAAGAACCUCCCGAGGAGCAGCCUAUCAGCAAGCAGGAGGGGAACAGUGACCAAUCUGAUGAUCCCUUAGAAGAGUCCAGUCAACCAACUCAAUUAAGCAAGAGAGAGAAAAAUGGGUUUGAGCAAGGAAAUGAAGAGCAAGAAGGUAACUCCAAUGCAGAAGGGGAGGACAAGACGGCAAGCAGUGCAAAGCACAUUCAGCGUACAGAGUGGCAGGGCCAAGAAGGAAAAGCUGUCCUCGAUGCUACUGGUAGCCAAAAGGACGAGGAUGAAAAGACAGUUUCCGCAGAACCUACCGACGGUGUUGCCAUCCUGGCCAGUUAUGAUGGCAGCAAGGAUGACGCUAAGCAUGGUACAAGUGAUGACUAUUUCAUCCCAAGCCAGGAGCUCCUGGAGGCUGGGAAAGCGGAUCCCCUUUCCUAUUACCUCAAACGUGCUGAGCAAGCAACGGAUGAGAAUGAGAAAGUAGACAAGAGUGAGGCUGAAGACAACCAAAGGGCCAAGAAAGCAGAGAGCUCGCCAAAUGUUGAAACUUCAGAUGAGGGCAACUCGAGGGGGCACAGUGCUGAUUCCUGCGUGAACUUCCAGUGUAAAAGGGGACACACUUGCGAAGCAGAUCAGCAGGGGAAACCCCACUGUGUUUGCCAAGACCCAGAGACCUGCCCCCCUGCAAAAAUCCUCGACCAAGUUUGUGGCACCGACAACCAGACCUAUGCCAGCUCCUGCCAUCUGUUUGCUACCAAGUGCCAGCUGGAAGGGACCAAGAAGGGGCACCAACUACAGCUGGACUACUUUGGAGCCUGCAAAUCUAUUCCUGCUUGUACGGACUUUGAAGUGGCUCAGUUUCCCCUGCGGAUGAGAGACUGGCUCAAAAAUAUCCUGAUGCAGCUCUACGAAUCGAAUCCCAAACAUGACGGUUAUCUAAAUGAAAAGCAGAGAAGCAAAGUCAAGAAAAUUUACCUGGAUGAAAAGAGGCUCCUGGCUGGAGACCAUCCCAUCGAGCUUCUCUUGAGGGACUUUAAGAAAAACUACCACAUGUAUGUGUAUCCUGUGCACUGGCAGUUUAAUGAGCUGGACCAGCAUCCUACAGACAGAAUUCUGACGCAUUCUGAACUUGCUCCUCUGCGAGCUUCCUUGGUGCCCAUGGAGCACUGCAUAACACGCUUCUUUGAGGAGUGUGACCCCAACAAGGACAAGCACAUCACCUUGAAGGAAUGGGGCCACUGCUUUGGGAUUAAAGAAGAAGACAUAGAUGAAAACCUCCUGUUUUGAAUGAAGAUUUGAACGACCCGUGACUUCCCAUCAGCCUCUUCUUCUGCUUUAACCACCUCUGAAUCCAUGCAGCCAUGACACUAUAGAUUCAUAUUUAGCAAAAUGUUUGUUUGCAUGUAAGAGAAUACAAUGAUAGUAACUGCUUGAUGGUGAUAUGCACGUCUUGCAUGCAUUACAAUGUGCCGGGCUUUAACCUUACCUUAGGAAAUAGAACUCUAACAUUAAGUAGGGUCAGUGUCUACAGAGGACUGCACGGCCUGGGAACAGUUUAACUCACAGUAAUGUCUACUUUUAUAAUUGGCAACUGUAAAACAUGAAAAUGUGUUUGUAUUGUCCAUACACCUUAUGCAUGUUAAGGACGCGGGAAUUUGCUCUUUUGUGGUUAACAUGCUUCAUGUUCAGUAUCUUAACGUCUAAUAAAGAAUCUGUAAGCCCUCAAA